AUUUAGUUCAUGACGUUUUGUUCAUUUUGGAAUUUCAAGUUAUAUUGUUGCACAUUUUGUCUGAUAUUUGUUUAAAAAGUUGUUAAAGUUGACAAUGGGAACGGAAGGGAAUGUUGGGUCAAAGAAGAAAUCCAAGAGAGAUACUUUUAAGGAAUUGGCAGAAAACUUUGAGCAGUUGCUUAAACACCCGGAUCGAUAUCUAAAGCCCCAGCCGGAGUCUAUUGAGGCCAUAUAUCAGCUAAUACAGCAAACAUAUAGCGUGUGCAUUAAAAGCCAUGUGGAUAGUGACCAAGACUUCCCGUCUAAGCUUGUUUUGGAAGAUAUGGACGAUGAACAAAUCUGGCAACAGCUUGAAAUGCGGAAUAACUUUGUGCUGGGACGACUAUCAAAACAAACUGCCCAGCUUAUAGACAUUGGGGAGCAGCAGUUGGGCAUCGAGCUCGACGAUGAUGAGGAUCCGAAUGAGCAGACAAGUGAGCAAGAGAGCAUGGAGGAGAAAGCCGAAGAUGAGGAGGAUCAAUCAGAGUUGGAGGACUCUGAUAAUAUUGACAAACAGAAGUCAACAGUAAAAUCUAGCCAAAUCAAGGCGAAGCGGUCCAAAAAGGGCAGAAAUUCUGUGGUCGACGACACGUUCUUUAAGCUGGAUGAAAUGAAGCAGUUUUUGGAGCAGGAAGAUGCUAAAGAGAUGAGGAAGCACAAAAAUAAUAAUCCGGUAGACGAAAGUGAGACCAUUAAUCAUUUUGCAGAAGAUUUUGGAGUCCUUGAGGAUUCAGACGAUGACGAGAAUGGCGCUAAUGCGAACUUUGGCGAUUUCUUCGAAAUGGAUGACGAAUUGCAGGAAAAGGCUCAGAAACUCAAAACAGCCACCGAAAAAGACUACUUUAAUGAAAGCGAAAGCGAGCCUGACAAAGAAGACAAUGAAGAUAUAGCGAGUGAAAUCGACGAAGCCGACUUUGUGGCCCAAAGUGGUGUGCAACCUGCUAGUGAUCCCGAGUCGGAAUCCAACCACGAAAAUAAUGCCAGCUCCGAGGAUGAGGCUGAGGAGCCUGCAAUGGAGGCACAGUCGUCCAAUGAAAUGCGGGAGGCGCGUCUGCUGCAGCGCAUACGAGACUAUGAGGAUGUGGUGCUUGGAGAGAAGCCGUGGCAGUAUAAGGGAGAAGUGCAAGCAGGAAAUCGACCACAGAACUCACUGCUUGAGGAGAUACUCGAAUUUGACUCGACGGCACGACCCUCAGCACCACUUACCGACGAGCAAAAUCGCACCAUCGAGGACAUAAUCAAGCAGCGGAUACGCGACAAGGCCUGGGACGAUGUGGAGCGCACAGUGCGACCGGUGCACACUCCACAGGAAUACCGCAAGCAACUGGUGCUUGAUCAGGAAAAGUCGAAGCAGUCGCUGGCCCAAAUUUAUGAGCAGCAAUACCAUCGUGAGCUGGACAAGUUGAAUCCCAAUCGUGAUGAGGCUGAUGGCGCGGCGCCGGAGCCAAAGGAGCAUCAAGAAAUUAAACGUGCAAUGCGCUCACUAUUCCUCAAGCUGGAUGCACUUUCCAACUACCAUUUCACACCUAAACCAGUAGCGCCCGAAGCAAAAAUUGUAACUAACACGCCCGCCGUCCAGAUGGAAGAGGUUGCCCCAGUGGCAGUCAGCGAUGUCAAGCUUCUGGCUCCAGAGGAGGUUUUCCGUGGUCCUAAGCACACUCCGCUGGGCAAGACAGAGCGCACACGCACCGACAAAAACCGCGAACGUCGAAAGAAGAAGCAAAAGCAGCGCGCUAUCAACACGACAAUAGAACAGCGGGAACAGCAGCGCGCCAAGGAGGGCAAAGCACCUACGAAACGAGAAACAAACGCUAAGCUGCUUAAGACUAUAACGAAAAGUCGCAACGUAAAUAAGAUUACCGUCAGCAACGACCAGGGCGCACUGAAAUCCUCAAAGGCCUUCUUUAAUAAACUGCAGGACAAAACAACGUCCACGUUAGCUUCCACUGGGAGUAAACGACCCAAAAAGGCCACUUCCGAAGUCAAUGCAAAAAAACUGAAAUUGUAACCACAGAAAUAACUUAUAAAUGAUAA